UCCACCGCAACUGCAACACAUCGUGUCACUUCUGCAGCAUCACACUAACGGAGACACGAAUUCCACGGUAUAUUUAAUGGAAAAUAAACCCAUUUAAGGUUUUUCACAAGAGUCUCGGGAGUGAUCAACAAAUUAACAGAGGCCAAUAAGCAGUAACGACCUCUACAUUCAUCACCUCUAAUGACCAUGGCAAGGCUGGGUCCCAUGAGCGUCCUAGUCCUGCUGCUAGCGGCGUCUUCGCUCGCUGCUAGUCAGUUGCAGGAGGAGCGCGAGCAACCUGUCGAGACUCCAGCGCCGGCACAGCACCUGCUACAGCUCCUGCAUUCUGAGGGCGAAGAUGAACGGCCCAAACGCUUCGACGCUUUCAUGAACGGCUUUGGGACUUCAAAGAGGAACUCUGACGGAAUAAACCAAUCAAGUUCUGGACUCAACAAGCGCAAUUUCGACGAAAUUAAUCGUUCCAGCUUCGGCCUAGACAAACGAAACUUCGAUGAAAUCAACCGCUCCAGUUUCGGCCUAGACAAACGAAACUUCGAUGAAAUCAACCGCUCCAGCUUCGGCCUUGAUAAACGAAACUUCGAUGAAAUCAACCGCUCCAGUUUCGGCCUUGAUAAACGAAACUUCGACGAAAUCAACCGCUCCAGCUUCGGCCUUUACAGUCCCAACGAUUUCAACCUCCAGGCGAUUCGACGAAGCUCACAUUCACCGAAUUUUUUGUACAGACUUUUUUCGUUCUUAGACUCGCGACGUCUGACCAAGAAGAAUUUUGACGAAAUCAACCGGUCAAGCUUCGGACUUGACAAACGAAACUUUGACGAAAUCAAUCGCUCUAGCUUCGGACUUGACAAACGAAACUUUGACGAAAUCAAUCGUUCUAGCUUCGGACUUGAUAAACGAAACUUUGACGAAAUCAAUCGCUCUAGCUUCGGACUUGACAAACGAAACUUUGACGAAAUCAAUCGGUCUAGCUUCGGACUCCACAAGCGGAACUUUGACGAGGUCAAUCGCUCAAGUUUUGGUCUUGAUAAAUGAAACUAUGCUGAGAUUAAUCGGUCCAGUUUUGGACUCCAUUAAUACAUUCAUUGCAAUUUAAACGCAAAACGAGGAGCGACCAACGAGUUCUUGGCUCCAAGUUUUUUUUUCUAAUUUGCUUGGACAUUUUUAAGAUAUUGACUUACUGGUAAUAUUUAUUGGCCAGUAAUAACAAUACUCCCCCGAAAAAAAUUUAACUAUACGGAUGAAGUUCAGAUAAUUAGAUUUAAAUAUUGAUGACCAGAAACGCUUAAAUAUUACUUAGGCACUAGCGAAUGACGGUAACUAAGACAUCAAUGAGUAAGCACUCAAAUUUCUAUCAAGUCAGUAUCGAUAAUUCAAAAGGAGAAUUAACGUCUUAGUGACAUCCUUCAGGAGCUAGAGCAUCAAUAUAUGUUAUGGUGAUUAUCAAGGAAUUACAAAGCAUAAUUGAUGACGUAAACAAAUUGGUAUUUAUUGUAAAAUUUUUUGUGAAGUGUAAGUGCAUGAGUUUGGGAGGAGCGUCACUCAUGAACUUUGUUCGUUGUCACUUGGUUGUUUCAACUCUGUUAGUUGAACAUUUUCGUUAAAAAUCUAAUUCUUUGAUGUUGGAGGCACAACAAACUGAAGCCGAGGCAAACAACUUGAAGACUAAUCAUUUUCUUAAUAAUUUUUAAUUUUGCCCUAAGGUCAGCAGAAGCAGCAGUUCGUUUUGAAUAUACCUUAAAAUAUUUUGAACACAAACUCAGGUCAUUAUACACCUGUGGAGAAAAAUGUUUCGAAAUUUGUACCCAGAAUUUUCACACACCAAUUACAUUGAACAUGACACCAAAGUUCCUUUUACUGCUUGAUAUUAAUCUUAAAUAUCAACUGAAAACAACCCGCAUGAGACUGCGCAUUUGUUACUAUUCAAUUAUUGAACUCGUUUCAAACUCGUUGAUUGCCCUGGAGUUAUCAAUUGUCGCUUCGAUCAAGCCUGCGACGUCUGCCAGAUUGACCUCAUCAAUCGAAAUGAUAGACCGCUGUUGAUCUAAUAAUUAUUCAGUCAUUCGCUACACUACCUCCUUCACUCAAGCUUUGCUGGUAGCACUGUGAACUAUUUUUUUUAUCGUGAUAUAGAUGUACUUCGAACCUAAUAAAAUAUGAUAACAUCAUUGAAAAAUUUAAUCUCCUUUCAAUGUAAUUGAUUGCAUAUAAUCUGUAAUUUUAAUAUAUCCCAUCAUUUUCAAUCAGAUAUUCUAUGUUGUUGCAUCACUUACCGGAUUAAAAAGAAAGCAAGACAUAUUUAGAUGAUUUUCAUUGGGUCCUUCUUAUAUCACUGCGUUUACUUUUAUCAGAGAUGAGGUACCAAAACAAAUCAGUAAGUCCAGUUCUCGGAAUAAACAUUUAUAAUGUU